AACGUCUAUGAUGGCGUCAUUCAAUUCAAUGAAAGAAAUACAUAUAUACAGUAUAACAAACGUCGCAGUAAUUUAAAGAAUCUUGCAAAUACAAUGGCUGCAAAUAGUAAUAUAACUGUGGAGGAACAUUUUGAAAACAUGAAGGAUCUUGCUAUUGAACAACAACAAUGCUUCUAUGAACUUCUCUGUGAUUGCAUGAUAUAUCAACCUGGUGAACAUAAAUACUUGAAACAAAAUAUUGGAUAUGCACUUUUUGGCCCACCAAAUAAUAAUGAGAAUACAAACGAAAAUAAAACAAAUGUUUAUUGUAAUAAAGAAAAUCACAGUAAAGAUAAAGAUCACAAUGAGGAUGAAGAUGUAACUGAUGCAGUAGAUUAUAAAGAUGACGCUAAAGCUCUCAUACAUAAGAUAUAUUGUAAGAUACUUGAAUAUACUAUAGAAACUGAUUACGACAAACCAAUUUAUUGUGGUAUAAUUUAUAACGUGGUGAUAUGUCACAAAUUGAAGAAACCCAAAAAGUCAAAGGAAAUAGAAAGUAAUACAGAAGACAAUGAAAACCUUACUGCAAUAUCUGUCCAACCAAUCCCUAUUUUUAAAACAUGGAAAUUUAUAAUGAAUAAAGAAAAGUCUGUGGAGAAGAAAAAAGAAGCAACAGAAAAAUCAACAAAGGCGAAUGAAGAAUACAAGAUAUGGUAUAUUGAUACCACGGGCAGAGUAUAUGAAAAUUGGGCAGAUUAUAAAACGAAUAAUAAUCUCUUUGAAUGUACAAUGGUUCUUCCAAAAGAUGGCACUUACCAACCAGAUCCAUCCUGUCCGAUCACAGAAGACUAUUCAACAGUUUGGCUUGAGAUUAUGGAUUCACCUGCAUGUUCAUUGGCAGCAAAGGUUCGCAAUGGAAUGGAUAUUGCUUCCACUGUUACUGGAGCUGGAGCACUUACAGUGGGUGUUGCAUCAUUGUUUACACCUCUUGCACCAGUUGUUGUUGUUGGAGGUGUUGUUGCUACCGGCGUGUCCGCUACUUGGGCGAUGAUACGAGGCACUCAACAAUUAAGAGAUCGAAGCGUCCACAAAGAAUCUAUUAAUCCUCUAGAUGCAGAAGCAUUUCCACAAUGGCUUACAAUUACCAGCUCAGUGUUUGGUUUAGGUGCGAUGGGAGGAGCAGCAGCUAUUUCUGCUGCUGUUUCACGUGGUAUGACAGUAAAUACUGCCGCAAGAUUAGUAUUCAAUACCAUACAAAGUGGUAAUUUGUUCUUAAAUGGCAUCGGUAUUAUAUAUCAGAGCUAUUGCUUAGUAGAUAGAUAUAGAACAGAUGGAACAAUUAAUUAUUUUGAAGUAGUAAGUAUGGCGACGCACCUUAUGUUCUUCGCCGGUACUGUGGUGAAUAUACAAUUCGCGAGUAAAAUUAUCAGAAACAAUCAAGGUAAAAUUCUCGAUGACUACAGACAAGGUUUGCGUAGCAAACGUCUCCGUAAACAAUACAAUCGCGUCAAACGAGUAGCAGCCGCAAAUAAUACAUGUGAGAUGUCUGAAAACGCAGAAGUGAUACGGUACAUAAAAAAUCGUAAUCAGCUAGCUUCUAAUACUGCUUCUAAUAACGCUUCUAACGCUUCUGUCGCUAUUAAUAAGACGACAGACAGUACUAAGCCCAGUAUAAUCAUAUGGACGAUUGAAAACGGUAUAUUAACAGUUAAUGGCAUUCAAUUAUUGGAUCCUCUUAAAUUUGUUACUCAACUUAUACGAUCAGGCAUGCCUAACGAUUCUAAUCAAGACAAUACAUCAAACAAGCAAAGAGAUGAACGUGAUUUCCAAACUACAAAACUGUGGAGUAUAUUGGAUGAUUUAUUGUUGCAAUUCAACUUGCGCACUAAUAAUUCCAGUAACAAUAUAAAUACAUCCGAAUUUAUUCCAUUGCUUAGGGAAAUGGAUUCUUUAAACGUGAACCAAGACCUUCUGAAAAAAUUGUUUAAAAUCGCUAUAAGAUUAAUCCAACAUUCCCAAACCCCAUUAGAUUUUUUGCUUAAGACUAUGAGAUUUAUUUGGUUGUAUUGUAAGAAAAAUUUUAAGCAGUGGGGUAUACAGACGUGCCUUCGUAUGCAGAGUUUUGCUGGUUUCAAUAUUCUGUUUAUAGUUAUUACAGCACUUUUUGAAGCUGAAAAACUUGAUAGCCUUUACCUCGCCUUUGAAAAGUAUGUGGGGGCUUUAAGAUAUGCUGUGUAAUAACACAUAAAAAAAUUAACACGCACAGUAGUACAUAUGUUACACAAUAUAAUUAAAAAAUGUUAGUAAACAUGUGCCUUACAUAUACAUAUAUAUAUAUAUAUAUAAAUACAAUAUAAAUUAAAGAACCUCGCGGGUCACGGGUGCAAAAUGUGUGUAAAAAAAAAAGUAUUUAUAUGAUACUUUCUUU